GUCACGGCUCCUCCUUCUCGAUGAACUGUCGCUCCUGCUUCUGUUUCUCUGGAGAAACGAUCUGCUCCAAGAAACCCUGCCUGACCCCCCACAGCUCUGAGGACGAGAGGAGGCUCUUCACAGGUCUCCCGUGCAGCUGCCCUCAUCACUUCGUGCCGGUCUGUGCUUCUAACGGUCGGACGUACCCCAGCGCCUGCGUCGCUCGAUGUCUCGGAUUCUCAGACCAGAACUUCCAGUUCGGACGCUGCAGACUCAGCGACCCCUGCAGAGGGAAACCCUGUAGCAGGGGCCUGAGGUGUGUCCCCCGGUACGCAGUGUGUCUCUCUCUCUCCUCAGAGUGUCCUCAGUAUGAGUGUGUCGCUCGCCCCUCAUGCGACCGCAGCAUCGUGCAGCCGGCCUGCGACACAGACGGCCUCGUGCACUCUUCCACGUGCACGCUCCUGCAUGCCGGAAAGACCCUGGCCUACCUGGGACCCUGCCAGGACUGGUGCAGACGUCCCUCUCCAGUGUGCGGUCAGAACGGAGAGACCUACAGCACGGUGUGUGAGGCGUUCAAUGACCGCGUUGCCGUGGACUACCAGGGCUCCUGCCACGCUGUGGGUCCUGUCUCUGAGGGUGCCCCGGAGACUGCCUGCAGCGGGGUGCCCUGCCCCCCCCUCUCCCCCCCGCACUGCACCCCCCUCACCCCCCCAGGAGCCUGCUGUCCUAUCUGUGCUGCCAUGCUGCAGAUCCUCCUGAACCAGGAGCAGAUCAACACCUUCGCUAAGCUGAACGGCAGCCCAGUGACCGUGCGAGGCGUCCUCCAGGUCCUCCGUCCUCUCGUCUCCGUCCCGCAGUGCGACGUCUUCGGGUUCCUUAGCAUCGACAAGACUCUGGUGGUGAUCAUAGCUCCAACUGAGAGAGAGCCCACCAGCAUACAGAUCGAGGCGUGCAACAAGGAGGCGGAGAAGAUCGACUCCCUCAUUAAUUAUGCGAGUCCCACGCUGAUCUCUCACGUCCCUCUGUCUGCCUUCCUGUCCUCUGAGGUCAGCACCUCCUCCACGUACUCCUCCGGGGGCGCGCCCUCCUCCUCUCUCCCCCCAGUGCUCAUCCUCCUCCUGGGCCUCCUCAUCGCAGGUAUACCCCCCCUCUGAGGCCUCACAGGUGUGUGUGUGUGUGUGUGUGUGUGUGUGUGUGUGUGUGUGUGUGUGAGGGGAGGAACUCUCGACAAUCAUUCCUAUCGACAAUCAGCCGGUGGAAAAGCUUUUAUUUUGAAAAGCUUUCCGUGCGAACAGUGUUACUCACGGGGUUUUUCCCCAGUGUGUGUGUGUGUGUGUGUGUGUGUGUGUGUGUGUGUGUGUGUGUCUGAUUGGAUUCUUGGAAUCAGACGAGGUCAACACAUCCCAUCUGACUUAUUACCCAGAAUUCCCUCUUUCACACAGAGAUAGGAGUCGUCGGUGCAGACUAAUUCCUGGAAGUCUGAUUUAAUUUUUUACAAGUGAUGCUUUUUUCCAGCCUGUAUUAUUAAUGCUUUUUGUAUUUACAUGUAAUAAGAUGUGUGUAUUUGGACCUUCAGUGUUUGAGCCUCACAGUGUUAGUGCCUUGCUCAUGGGCACAGGAGAUGAAGUCGAUAAUGAAGGACGUGUUACGAGGCUUUCCUCCAAAAACAAAGACCUGGUGACACUUUAUCUGAUGUGGUGUUCAUAAACAGUCAUUUAUAUGUUAUUAUAUUUAAUAUAUUAUAUAUAAGGACCUUCAUGCAUGACAAUCUAUGAAUAUUUUCUGAUGGAUUUCCUACUUUUGAUCUCAGUUCAGCUCCAAAAGAUAAGAAUAUCCUUCAUUUUUUAUCAAUUUGAUUCUUUGUUAAUAAUAACUAAUGGAAAACAAGAUGAUUAUGAAGACAACAUAUUGAAUAAUGACUUAUAUGUGCCUCCUUUACAUGCCAAAUCAUUGUAUUUCUUCACAUUUGUUUUAAUAUUAUACUGUUUUUUCUUAAAAAACGCUUAAAAUCUGCAGUAAAACGGACCUGCAGUAAUUAGACUAUAAUCUAUUACUCAUAAUUAAGCUUUUUACUGCAUAAAAAAGUGUUUACAUGCUGUUCCCAGCCUCUCCAAUCUGAAGAGUUCUGCUUUAUAUCAAAUGAAAGUGAAUAUAUUUGGACAUUUAUUGAUAAAUUGGUAAUAAAAGUACUCGUUAGUUGCAGUGAAAGUACAUAAAUGAGGUAUUUGGUGUGUUUUAUGAGCACCACGUGUGAUAUAAAGCUCAGUCAGUGUUUUCUCUCAGUAUUAAAGGGACGCUUCAGAACCAGAAGCCAUUUGCUAACUAAGGACAAUCACUACCCACAAUCCUCUCUGGGUGGAUCUCACUAUGCCUUGUGUCGUAUAUGAAGUAAUAAUGAAAUGCAAUAAUGUUAUAUAUUAAGGUGUGUGUGUGUGUGUGUGUGUGUGUGUGUGUGUGUGUGUGUGUGUGUGUGUG